AUGUCCUCCCGAUCGAUUCCGGCCACGGCGGCCAAUCUCAUUAAGACUAACCAACUGUGCAGGAGAUAUUAUAGUGUGGAAGUGUACGCACAGAUACAAGUGCACUCUCUAUUCCUUUUCCUUUUAAAAUCCGAUGGACACUUCGACAUGACCGGGGCGCAGGCUUUACAUGCUCUCCGAGGCACAGCGGUGGAACACCGCCAACUUCCCAACUCCGGGAUACUACUGAGAAUAUCU